GUACAGUUCACUUCACCUUGUAUGCUUCGUUGCUGACAAGACGCACUAACUGAUAUCGUGCAAUGGUGUCGGUGACAGGGUGCAAAUGGCCCCAAACUGACACAACCCUCCAAGUCAUGGCCAUGUACUUUAUUAGUCCAUAAUCUAGCCGACACCAAGCUGUGCUUCAUUACUACGAUAUAUAUCCUGCUGGUACAUUCCUUCGCACUGGUACACCGUUCUGUCACCUUCGCUUCACACACAAGACAAGACUUGCUGGCCAACGUCUGCUGCCACACGCUGAUUUGCUUCUACGCUCUUUCCUAUUGCUUUUACGUGCUUCCGAAUUGAACGAUCAUACCUCACCUAAUGACAGCCUCACGAUAUGCGCGGCUCAACCCUCUCGCGAACACUGGGCUGAACGCGACUUCUAACGGGACUUCGAACGCGGCUCCUGUUCCAGAAGGACCUAUUCAAUUUUCGAACACUAUAAGCGAUUCCUCAACCGGGCAAUACCCACCGCAACGAAGCAGCGAAGGUAGUCAAGACCCGAUCGUCAAGAAGCAGGGCAACAGCACUGUCGCUGAAAGUCAUGCCUACACAGGCUCAGAUGGAGACAUGCCUCCUCGACCACCAAAACUUCAACGGACAGGAAGUUCGUUGUAUAGGGUGGCUUCAUCAGUAUGGUCCACCACGAGAAAAGCUGUCUCGAGCUUCAAUGUUCCCAAGGUAGCUGCGCCGUGGGAGCAUGAGUUUUCAGAGAAGCCAGGAGCAUCCUCACAUCCGUCGGAUACUGUUCGCUACUUCGACUAUCGCCAGCAACGCAAAAGAUUGUUUGUCAACAGCAGCUUCCAAUGGCUGAUUACCGCCAUCAUCUGCGCAGGUCUUGCCGCUGUCAUGUACGGCUUCACUAAAUUCAAUCUUGGUGUUACAUCCACCACGAAACACAUCUACAACGCCUUGAUCACUGGUCUGUCGCUUUGUCUGGGUAUGAAUCUUGCCUCGUCGCUCAAGGGCUAUGCGCAAAUGAUGCGGUGGAGGUUCCUUGCCUGUGAAUACCGAUCGCUACAAGACUUCGAGCUGGUCAUGAAUUGCGAUAGUCAGACCCAAACGUUUCGUUUGCUAUGGGCAGGCCGAACUCCUGGGCGAUGGUAUCCGAACAAGACACAACUGGUUGCGUUGCUCUCGAUCACUGUAAAUCUGGCUCUGCAAGUCAUUACCGCCUUGCUCGGUUUAACCUACUCGAUUGACGUUUCCCCGGAUAUCGUACGGCUCACAUAUGGUAAUGUCAGCAUUGCUGAUCUGACCUAUAUCGGCAAUUCUGAAACCGAAACUCUAUUCGGCACCAACAUUAACAGCGAUCGAGCCCAAGUAGCUGAAUAUUCUGCUGCAAAUGUAUAUGGCAUCACAGGCCAGGACUACCCCACUCGGUAUGACACUUACGACACAGAUGGUUCCGGCAGUCAACAAGUAGUCUACACCAACGAGGACGAGUCGGCUUACUGGUAUCGCUUUGUUGAUCAGUCCUCCUCGGCAGGAGGCUUGACCGUGGUGACCGAUCGCACAAUCAAUUGCACUGCAGAAUGUCAAUCAUACGAGGUCGUUUCGGGUGGCUACGGUGGCUUCAAUACUGACGACCCCGACACCAUGUGGGACGUGACGUGGGUUGAUGACGAUGGGUACAAUCGUACACUUGUCGUCGAAAACGUCGCGACGGGCGCGACGACGUGGAUGGCCAACAUGACGACUUGCGGCGAUCGGUGCAUACAGAUCUACGCCCUCCAAACGGCGGAUAACGAAACCGACAGCGUACCCGUCCCACGCUUCUGGAGCUGCAAGUCGCACGUCUUGCCGGUGUCCAUUGUGGACGUGUACGAGGAUCCAGCAACUUACGAGCUUUCGAACCCGCAGGCGCAGUAUCUCGCAGGCGCGAUCGGCUGGUCCGGCGUCAUGACAUACACCCAGGACGGCGCGCUGGCAACCGAUCUCCAAUUCGUACAAUACCCGGCCGACUCAAAGUGGAGUCCGCCAGGGAACUACACAGAGCUCAUGAUGGCGGGGUUGGUCAUGAGAUUCACGGCGGGCGCGAUCGCAGCCAUGGACGCUGGGGGUCCCAGGGUCAAUGUCAGGGGCUAUGCGCCGGCGCCGGCGCAGUUUCUAAACGUCAAGUGGAAUUUUGCGGGUGCGAUCGUGGGAGGGAUACCUGUGGCACAGUUUAUCAUUCUGUGUAUUGUGGUCGGCUUUGCGAAUAAGGCCAUCAUCAAGGAUACGAGUCACCUCUCAACGGCGCGGUUGUUGAGACCCGUUGUGGAGAGAUUGGGUGACACUGGGUGUCUGUUGACGGGGGAUGAGAUUGCGGAGAAGUUGGGCAAUUAUAGGGUCAUUUAUGGCGUGAGGGAUCCAGAUGGGAGUGUGCCACCCCAGGGUGCGGGUGAUGAUGGGCAAAUUCGCCAUGUCGAUGUCCUGGAUGAGAGCGAGGGGCUGGGGUAUAGAAGGGGACGUAUGCCGAUGGGGAGGUAUGAUGGAUUGUAUCGGGAAGCGGCGGCGGUGGAUGGGGAGGAGAAAGUGCCUUUGCUGUCGACAAGUGAGAUAAGACAAAGGAGGGCGCGGAGGUUGAGUCUCUAAAGAUGCUGUUUGCUUGCUAUGGGCGAGGAGUGACCCAAAGAUAGGACUGGCUUCGCUACGAUGGCUGCGCUGGCUAGGAUUGUGUGGAGACUGGUGAUACACGACGUUUCAUGAAUACCCUGGUUGCGAAUUUAACUGCAUAGUAGAAUACUGGACAUAUGUGAGAUAUGUGGAAUUGAUUCAGUCAGGUACAAACUUUCGACCAGUGGACAGAUACGGUGGCGAAGCGAAGGCUCAACGACCUUCAAAAAGCAGUAGGGUACGGAAUAGACUGAGGUUAUAUCUGAGCUGACAUUGUUUCCGUCUAUGAGCUGCCUUCUGCUGGCAUUUUCU